AUGGAUGAGAAGCAGAUGAUGCAGGGUGCGGUGGUGUUCACGGCGGUGCUCAUGGCCAUCCUGGGCGGCACUUUAUGCGUCAUGGGGCUGGAGCGCCUGAUCCGCGGCCGCUUCACUCUCUUCUCCAUGGUGCGCUUCCUGCUGCGCUUCACCUUCAUCCUUUUCCUCCCCCUCUUGUCCUACAUGCGCGCCAACGCCAAGGAAGGGGAGAUCCUCUUCGUGCUCCUCUGGAUGCUCCUCAUAGAGCUCUUCCGCAAGAAGGUGGAGGCCAUGGUCCCACCAUCAGCCAACGGCUCCUUCUCCAGAUCCGUCAGCCGGUUCAGGCUGAUGGGUCACUCCGACGAGGUGACUCGUCUGGUGUGGAUCGGCUACCUCAUCUACUCCAACGUUGACUGGGAGUGUGAGAAAAUUAAACUCUUGAUGAUGCCCAUGUUUGCCAUCCUAUGGUCACUGGCUGUGGCGAAGCUGGGUCAGAGGGUGCUCAACGAAUGGAAGGCCCAGGACUCCCUGUCUGCCGCGGGCAGCGCUAACCUCAUUGCAGGAUAUAUGCAGCAUUACGUGGUGAUGGGAGAGGAGAAGCUCGUGCUCAACAAGAAAGAGAGGCGGCGACGACAGACGACAGGCUCCAAGGUACUCAUCACCACUCCUCACUGUGGCUACGGUGUGGGGAGGUUUCCCCACGACCAAGAUGAACUAAAGCAUGUUCAUCUCCUCGUCGACCUCGACAAGGUCAAGAAUUUAGUCACAGUGAAGGACAUAUGGCAGAACCUAGGAAGUUGGCUAGCGCUCUUUGGAAACAGAAGACCAAAAUUCAUCGAUCACAUGUGCCUCAUGUGCCUCUCAUUCUCCCUCUUCAAGCUGCUGCGCCGCCGCUUCGAGCACUACCCCAUGGUGGAGGUCGGCUCCAAGAUGGCACGGCGGCUAAUGGUCGAGGGCCUCCUCAACGACCAUGAGCCGGCAGCCGCUGACAAUGCGUCGAGGGCAUUUAGAGUGAUCCAGCUGGAGCUCGACUUCCUUGACAACUACUACCAGGCCGGCGUCCCGGUUGUGAUGUCGGCUCCUUGGCUUUUCUUCAUCAACUUCCUCUCGUCCCUCCUCUUUGUGUCGAUAUACGUUCUUGCCGUUGCCAUACUAUUGUUAAUUCCUCGUGACGAUACCGAAUCCCUAACCAAAUACUUUGUUAUUACCAUGCUGCUUGUGAUGACCCUCCUCGCAGUUGAAAUCACAGACCUCACUACCUACUUGUUCUCCAAUUGGUUUCUAGUGCACCUCCUAUGCUUAUACGUGGCCCCGGGGGGCUGCCUGUGGAACUUCCUGGUCAAGCCAAUCAUUUGCUGCUUCAUUGCGUACCGCCUUUUCGUAUUCAACUCACUCAAGCUAGUGCUUAAACUCACUGGGAGGCCAGUUAACGAGAAAAAGAUGAAGACCAGGCAGGUAUCCAUCCUCCAAGUCUGUGAGCCAGUUCACAAAAUGUUUGCAUGGGCGUCUCAGGUGACGCUGCCAACCGAAGCCAAGGUAGCCAUUGUCAGGGGCUUGAAGAAAAGUAUCAACAACCCAGACACCGGCGGCGAUGUCAGCCUACCGCAUGACAUAAGUGGCUUCAGUAUCCGAGGAAAAACUACCACCGAGAUCAUCCUGGCGUGUCAUCUAGCCACGGAGCUAUUGGAGGUAAAGCAUGGCAAGCCGAAGAAGAAGAAGAAGCCGAAGCAGAAGGAGCAGAAGCCCGAAGACUGGGACCACCAGACCAUGGCAACUACCCUGUCAAGGUACUGCAUGUACCUUGUGGCGCGUGUCCCCGAGCUCCUGCCGGACGACGAGAGGUGGGUGUCCGACAGGUACGAGGACGUCAAGAGCUGCCUCAAGGAAGCGUCACGCCGGUGCUGUUGUAGCACUUGGUGGUGCUGCCCAUGGAGGCGCGCGGGGCGUUGGAAGGCGGUGGCGGAGAUGAAAGUCCAGCUGAAGGAGGCAACGGCGCAGGCGGGUGUGGAGCUGUACCAGCAGCUGGAGAAGGGGAAGGGGAAGGAGGACUCCACAGCUGAUGAUGCCUGGAAGGCUCUGGCCCAGUUCUGGGUCAAGCUGCUCAUCUACCUAGCGCCGUCCAACGACGUGGAAGGCCAUGCCAAGGCGCUGGCCUCCUCAGGCAGCGACCUCAUCACAUGCCUCUGGGCCUUGUGCACACACGCGGGCAUCAAGCGCCACCCAUCUGAGCCGGCACCAGCAGAGCUGCACGCCGGCACUCACCAGGUGUAG